GGCCGAGGCUGCCGGUACCGCCCCCCGCGUUGGCCGCGCCCCGCCGGGCCGAGCCGAGCCGAGCGGGGCCGGGCCGGGCCGGGCCUGGCGCGCCGCUGCGAGCGCCCGCAGUGCCGCCGAGCCGGGCCGGGCCGGGCCCAGCCGCGCCGCUCGGCCGGCCGGUGCCGCUCCGGGCCAUGGCCACCUGGCGGCGGGACGGCCGGGUGACGGCCCUGCAGCGGCUGGGCUGCGCCGGGCUGGCGGGCGCGCUGAGCCUCAGCCUGACGGCGCCGCUGGAGCUGCUGACGGUGCUGGCGCAGGUGGGCACCUGGCACUGCCGGCGGGGGCUGCGCGGCGCCGGGAGAAGCCUGUGCCGCGCCGAGGGCGUGCGGGCCCUCUGGAAGGGGAACCUCACCGCCUGCCUGCGCCUCUUCCCCUACAGCGCGCUGCAGCUCGCCGCCUCCCGCCGACUUGUUAUACUUUUCACGGAUGAGCUGGGUCAUAUUUCCCACUGGAGAGCCAUCAUGGCAGGAAGUCUGGCUGGCAUGGUUGCAACCAUCGCGACUUACCCCACUGACGUAAUUAAAACACGGCUCAUUGUGCAGAACCGACUGGAACCAUCUUACGAAGGAAUUCUUCAUGCUUUUUACAAAAUUUAUCAUCAAGAAGGACUCCUUGCACUCUACCGUGGUGUUUCACCAGCUAUAUUAGGUGCUGUCCCAUUUUCUGCGGGCUCAUUCUUUGUUUACAUCAACCUGGACAAAAUCUGGCGAGAACCCAUAGUUCAUUUCACUCCUCUUCAGAACUUCAUAAAUGGCUGUGUGGCAGCUGCUGUGGCACAGACGCUUUCUUUCCCCUUUGAGACUGUCAAGAGGAAGAUGCAGGCGCAGAGUCCUUGGCUUCCGCACUAUGGAGCAGUUGAUGUCCAUUUUACUGGCAUGGCUGACUGUUUCCGGCAAACUGUGAAAAACAAAGGUGUGCUCGGACUUUGGAGUGGGCUCACGCCCAGUCUGCUCAAGAUUGUCCCGUACUUCGGCGUUAUGUUUAGCACCUUUGAAUUCUGCAAGCGCGUCUGUCUGUACAGAAACGGUUAUAUUGAAUCUCCUUUAAAUUACAAGCUAACUCCUGGGGUGGACCAGAGUUUACAGCCACAAGAACUGAGAGAAUUAAAGCUCCUCCGAAGGGAAAAUUUUGAGCCAAGGAAAUCAGCUCUUGAAAACUGACGUCAGAGUGUCCAUUGCAGAUAUACACAACACCUUUCUUCAGGAACUUUGCAAGAAAGACAUGCUGAACUACAGGUACAGUGUCUCAACAGAUUGCAUGGGUUUAGUACUGAGACACCAGCGCCAGGACUGAAUGAAUCUCGUAUCUCAUUUGCUGAAUGGAUACAAAGAGUAUGAAUAUCAAGCAUAUACUGAAGAGGAGAGAUGCAAUUAGUUUGAAAACACUUUGCUAUUGGAACUUGAAAUGAUAUUAUUCUAGGUGCUUUUCAAUGCUGAAUAGCCAUUUUGAGAUAAAACCACUUGCAGAGAGGCAAGAGAACUGAGAUGAGAGUAUAAAUUGUAUUUUAAAAAAUAUUACGAAAAUUCAAGUGGAUUUUUUUUUAAGUAGUCUGAGAUACCAAGUCAGCCAAAAAUGCUAAACAGUCUAGAAUACAUACAACACACAAGAAUUUAUACUGAAAUAUCUUUUUUAGUGAUACUGUGUGGACAUGGCAUUCUGCAGAUGCAGAAUUAGCCCCAGUUCAGUCACACUCCAGAAUCCACUCUUCAGUUUUUGAGACUUCCUUGAGAAUAAUAAUUUUCUAUGAGUCUUUGGCAUAAAAAUGAAAAUAUGCUGCUGCAACUGUGCUUUUGCUAAGAGAGAAUUGUAAUGUGCAAAAUGAACUGUAAUACACUGGAAUGACAAUCUUGCAAACUUAAGUGCAUACUAGAAACUCUUCCCCCCUUUCUCCUGUGGUGUAACUGCAUGAAUUAUUUCAGGCUUUGAAAAAUAAUUUUCCCGAAGUUCUCUAACUGAAAUAUUUCCUGAAAAAUGCAGUUCUUAAAUAUGUUAGAUAUUUGAGAGCCACGACCCUUGUAAUGUUGUUUCGGUAUUCUUAAAGCUCUAUUUUUAUAUUAAACUACUUUUUAGUUCUUGUGCACAGACCCAGGCCUAAUGUGCUGCUCAGAACUUGCCAGCAGAAUAGCACUGUGCACACAACCUGUGAUUUUUCCACCUUAACUGCUGUGAUCCAGGAGCCGCAGACAGUUUUUGUAGAUAGGAACCUCUCUGCAAGACCACUAGGUUAUUGCCAGUGCCAACGCAAUGGAUAGGCCUCUGACUGGCCUAGCGAGCUUUUGGGCAAUAAAAGAUCAUCUGUUAUACCUGGGGACCUGCGGUAUUGCUCCAGUUCCUUUGUAGAAGUACAGCUAUGGAAAAGCGCCAUCCUAGCGCCUUCUGAUAGAAAACCUUAAACCCCGUGUCCACGUGAGAAGGCGGCUCUUUCCUCUGCAGUGUGUCCCACCAGCCCCAAGCUGCGGCAACGUGUGAAUCAGGCAUGUGCACACCAGCUACGCUCCUGCCCGAGCUGCAGCAGCCCGGGCUCGGCGCAGGAUUUGCCUCCUGGUUCACACAGCUUUUAGUGUGUGUUUUUGUGGCGUUUAUGUCCCUGUUGGGUGGCAAUAAGUAAAUCUCAGAAACUGCUUGGUUAGGCCAGGUCACGGCGGGAUGAGGCUCAGUUCUGCUGCAGUGGUGUUUCAUAAUGGUUUUCUUCUCAGAGAAAUACAAGCAUUUAUAGCAAAAAAUAAAUGGCAGAGAGGGGACCUGAUGGUUCGUGCAUCACACCGAGGCUGUAAGUGCUUUUGGCUCUCUAAUCAACCUGCCUAGUGAACGUGUUUCUCUGUGCCUCAGUUUCCCCAUCUGCGCAGGGCAGGCAAUAAUACUGAGACUUAUUUGAGAUGUAUGAAUAAGGAGAUGUGACUUGUGAGCACGUUGGGAAGGAACGGAUUUCUAAAGAGUGCCCUUACCUUGUCGAAGCAUACCUGUAUAUUUUUUUACUAAUGUUGCAUUUCUAAAUAGAUUUUAAAGAUUGAGUGAUGGGUGCAUUUGAAUGUCUCAUCCGCUCUUCAAACCUGGUAAGAGUCAAGUGAGUCAAAAAGUUACCUUUAACUCGUUUCUAAUAACACCUUUGUAUUGUGAUGUACUCCUGUGACCUAUAAAUCACUUACUAACCUUUUA